GGAUCGGGGAUAUCGGGUCUUGCUGCUGCAUGGCUACUUUCGCAAGAUCCUUCAAGAUUCAUCGUUACUGUUUUUGAGGCUGGCAACUAUGUUGGAGGACAUACUCACACUGUUCGGAUCCCCUCUCUCGACAAUACAAAAACAAUCGGUGUUGACACUGGCUUCAUUGUCUGUAAUCCAGUUACUUACCCCAACUUUCAAGCAUUUCUUGCUCACUUGAAAGUAGAUCUUGUUCAGUCAGAUAUGAGUUUCUCUGUAUCUCGCAACAAUGGGCAAUUCGAGUGGUGUGGUGAUAGUAUCGAUACGGUAUUUGCUCAACGAUCUAAUUUGAUCCCAUUUAUCCAGCCUGGUGGAGGGCUAUUUCGUAUGCUGUGGGACUGUAUUCGAUUUCAUAAACACGCCAAACGUCUUGCUACCGAAGCAGAUAAUUUACCUCUGGCUAAACAAACGCUUGGUCAGUUUUUUAAAGAGCAUGGCUACUCCAGUUUCUUUUAUGAAAACUAUAUAUUACCUAUGACGGCUGCAAUUUGGUCUGCUCCAGCGAAUAUAACAUUUGAUAAAUUUCCUUUGCUGACUCUGGUACGAUUCAUGCGCAACCAUGUGAUGCUGCAGCUGGGAAAUCGACCCAAAUGGCGAACUGUUGAUGGUGGCAGUUCCACGUAUGUUGAAAAGAUCAAAUCUUGUGUUCCAGAUAUUCGUCUCAACACAGCGAUUGUAUCUGUUACACGAUCAGCAGAUCCAGACGCUCCAGGCCCAGUUGUUCUUACAAACAUACAUGGACAAGAGGAAACGUUUGAUCAUGUUAUUUUUGCAACGCAUACAGACCAAACAUUGAAAAUCUUGGGAGCCAAUGCCACUCCUCUGGAAAAAAGAAUAUUGGGAGCAAUCAAGUAUUCCAAGAAUCGCGCCAUUCUCCACCGAGAUGAAUCUGUAAGUGAACUCAAACUUAUGCCUAAACGACGCAAGGCAUGGGCUGCAUGGAACUAUCUUACAACAUCCAAAACUGAAUCCAGAUCGCAAAAUAUGUGUCUAACCUAUUGGAUGAAUCGAUUGCAAUCAUUUGUCAAUGUGCCUGAUUUUGGUCACGUAUUUGUUACUAUGAAUCCAAUCUUUGAACCCCGUCCCGAUACUGUUAUUGGAUCUUGGGAUUAUGAACAUCCAAUUUACUCCACAGAGACGAUUUGUGCACAGGACUCGCUCAAUCAUAUACAAAACAAACACGCAACAACGUUUUGUGGAGCGUGGACAAACUAUGGGUUUCAUGAGGAUGGGUGUACUUCUGGACUG